AUGAAGCUCUUGGUUCUCUCGGCAAUCGUGGUCGCAGCUUACGCGGCACCUCAAGGCUACAAUCUAGGCUCGCCAUCGGGAGAUGGAUUUUCCCAUGGUGGAGGUCACUCAUCUGGAAGUGGCUUCUCUAGUGGCGGCGGAGGCUCCGGUGGAGGAUUCUCCAGUGGCGGUGGAAUCUCUGGUGGAGGAUUUGCAAGCAGCGGAGGAAUCUCUGAUGGAGGAUUUUCAAGUGAUGGUGGAAUAUCUGGUGUAGGAGUGUCUGGUGGAAGUAGCAGUGGUGGAUUUGGUGGUGGAUCUGGAGGUCCCGCUGGUGGGUGUCGAGAUGGAGAGAUCCUACAUGUGGAUGGAUCUUGCGUUGUUCCUGUAAUCACGAGAAAUGUGUUUGUGUAUGAUGCUCCUGAGCAAUCUCAGCAACCAAGCGGUCCACCACCAAGUGUCCCACCACCUAAAGUUGACCAUAACAUUCUGUUCGUGCGUCUUCCUGAAGGAGGAGCAGGUCCUGAACCCAUCAUCGUUCCUCCACCAAGGCAAGAGAACAUCGUGUAUAUCUUGAACAAGAACGAUGGAGAAGGAGGCCAGCGAGUAAUCGAGGUUACUGCUCCUCCAGCUACCAACCCCGAGGUUUACUUUGUCAACUACGAAGAGGGAGAGAACCCAACUCUUCCUAUUGGCGUGGAUCUCGAGACUGCUCUUAAUGCUGCCGCUAGUGCUGGCGGUCAAGUGAUCGGAGGCGCCGGAGGAGCAGGUGGCUUUGGAGGCGAUGGAGGAUUUGGCGGCAGGGAUCAGGUGGCUUUGGAGGCGAGGGAGGAUUUGGCGGUAGUGGAGCAGGUGGUUUUGGAGGCGAUGAAGGAUUUGGAGGUAGUGGAUCAGGUGGUUUUGGAGGCGAUGGAGGAUUUGGAGGUAGUGGAUCAGGUGGCUUUGGAGGCGAUGGAGGAUUUGGCGGUAGUGGAAGCGGAAGUGGGGGAUUCGGCGGUGCAGGAGGAUGCUGGUGGUCAAGUGAUCGGAGGCGCCGGAGGAGCAGGUGGCUUUGGAGGCGAUGGAGGAUUUGGCGGUAGUGGAUCAGGUGGCUUUGGAGGCGAUGGAGGAUUUGGCGGCAGUGGAGCAGGGGUGGUUUUGGCGGUAGUGGUGGAAGUGGAGGAUUCGGUAGUACAAGUGGAGUAA